GGUUUUUUUUUAUCAUCGUUUUUUUCAUCUGUGUCGGCAGCGUUUUCGGUUUUCUCUAUUGGCUUUUGCUCCGUUUUUGCUUUUAUACAUAUCUGGAAUGCUUGCAAUAUAAUUCAAAAUUCACUUAAUAUAUUCAAUAUAUAUUGACAUUUGCAAAAUUAAAGUAACUUCGCUACACAGAUCGAAAAACUUUUGCGCUUAGUGCUCCAAAUUCCGGACAGAAACCUCAAGGGUGGUGCUGUGUGAUUGUGCUGUUCAGUUGGUGUAUUGAGGUGGUCGUGGAAAGGUGUUAAAUAGUAGCCAUCUAGUUCGUUGAGUUUAUAAGCGGUCGCGAGGUUUGUUGUAAAAGUGCGAAAUGUCAAAUCAAAGUGAAAAGAAGGUGGCCGUGGCGCCUAAAGCACCAGCUCCAAUUCCAAAUGGGCUGAAAUUCAUAUAUGGUGGCCUAGCUGGUAUGGGCGCCACAUGCAUUGUGCAACCGCUGGAUUUGGUUAAGACAAGAAUGCAAAUUUCUGGUGCUGGUGGCGGCAAAAAGGAAUAUCGCAACUCAUGGCACUGCAUACAAACGGUGAUAAAACGUGAGGGUCCAUUCGGUUUGUAUCAGGGUAUUGGUGCAGCUUUGCUACGUCAGGCCACCUACACAACAGGACGUCUGGGUGUCUACACUUAUUUGGUGGAUGCAUUCCAAGUGCAAUUCAAACGUACACCCGGUGUAUUGGACAGCAUGGCAAUGGGUGUAAUAGCCGGUGCAUGUGGUGCAUUUAUUGGCACACCGGCUGAGGUAGCACUCAUUCGUAUGGCCAGUGAUGGACGCCUGCCACCAGCGGAGCGACGCAACUACACCAAUGUAGUAAAUGCAUUAACACGCAUUGUACGCGAGGAAGGCGUUACUGCGCUAUGGCGCGGUAGUAUACCAACUGUUGGACGUGCCAUGGUGGUGAACAUGACGCAACUGGCUUCCUAUUCACAAUUUAAGGCCUACUUCAAGAAUGGCCCACUCAAGAUGGAAGAGGGCAUCGGUUUACAUUUUUGUGCAAGUAUGUUGAGUGGUUUACUCACAACCAUCACCUCUAUGCCGUUGGACAUUGCCAAGACACGUAUACAAAACAUGAAGACCGCCGAAGGUGCUAAGCCAGAAUAUCGCGGCACCAUCGAUGUACUUGUCAAGGUGGCACGUCACGAAGGUGUAUUAGCCUUAUGGAAGGGCUUCACACCAUACUUCUGUCGUCUUGGACCACAUACUGUAUUGACAUUCAUCUUCUUGGAGCAAUUGAACAAAGUGUAUCGUGAUUAUGUUAGCCGCAACAGUGGCGAAAAAUCAACUGGAUUGUGAUGUAACCAUGUUGGCAGCUAGUAGCGCGUGUGCCCAUAUUGUUGCUUUUGUUUGUGUUGUCGCAUAAAGUACGUUUGCCUAUAUUCCAGUAGUGAACUGCAAAUACCUAUAACUAUAAAUUGUCUUCGAACAUUAGAUAACUAGAAAUAUUUUUUAGUUAUGCAAGCAAUUGUAAAUCUACACGUCAAUUGUUUGAGCAAAGAUCUUAGUAAAAUUAUUUUGUACAUGUUUAUUUUCAUUAGCAUCGCAAUGUCAGACCUACAGUAUGCUUUAGUGUACAGAAAUUUAAGUGAAUAAUGUAUGCAGUUGUGAAUGCACACUUAAUUAGCACAAAAAAAUGGAAACAAAAAUUAAUAAGAAUAAGUUAAAAAAAUAGUAAAAUUUUUAUUAUUAUUGUUGUUUUUGUUACAAUACAGCCAACAAAUGUUAAUGAUAGCGAUUAAUGCAUAAAAUACAUAAGUGAUUUCACUGGAAUAUUUUAUUUUGUAUUAAUUUUAUUUAUUCUAGUGGCAAGUAUAUAAGCAUAACUUGUUAGACUCUAUUCAAUAUGAAACAAUACUUAUGUAUGUGCAAUUAUGAGAAGUAUAAAUAUAUUUUGAUUUGCGAAAGAUAUAUACAAUGAUAUAAGCUGGAACGAAAAACAAAAAACCGAAAUCGACAAUAAAUUAUAAAUUGAUAAAAUGUAAAA